AUGCAAGAGACGAGACUAGCUUAAAGUUCCCAUGGAAGGGAAUUACAGUAGGUCAUAAUUUAUAACUUGGUAAUUUUUUCAGGAAGCACAGAUUCUACUACUGUUAUGGUCGGAUUAAAUUUGAAUAGCUUAUGGUAAUUACAGUAGAAGCGCCAAAACUAAAGCUACGAUCAAAGACAGCAAAAUGAGUUGCAUUACAAUGUCAAAAAGGCUGAAGAUCCAAUCUUCUUCAUUCAGCUGUCAGCUUCUUCUUUGACCUUUGCUUCCUUGAAAAUGCCAUUGGUGACAUAAAAGAAAAUUCUUCAGAAUCAAAUCAUUGACAAAUUAAAAACUUAUGAAACAGGCUGUCUCUUCUCAAGCAUGACUGCUUGGCAAACAGCAAGUCUCUUUUAAGCUUUAGCAAAAGGAGAUGUAACCAAGGUAAAGUGUAAAGGAGAUUUCUUAUCACCAACCUUGCUGCAAACAUAAAUGUAAUGGAUGUCAGCGUACUUUCCAAGUACUGUUUCUACUGAGCUUGUAUCCUCACCCAAUGGAAUAGGGUCUGUCAACUCCCUUAUUGGUUGGCCAGGGUCUUUUUCCGCCACAAAUUUCUCUGCAUGUUAAAGAUGAUGAGAUUAAAGCAGAAUCUGGAACUCAUUGGCCAUGACUACUCCAUAAGAGUAAAGAAGAAAAGGGAGGAAGAUUCCAUAAGAAGCUUCCUAGCAAUCACUUAACGGGUUUGAGACUUACCAUUCAUCAAUACUAUAUACACCUUUCAUUUAUAUAUAUAUAUAUAUAUAUAUAUAUAUAUAUUUUAUUUUCAUUUAGUGCUGUGGCUUUGUAAUGAUGGUGGGGACCGUGAUUAGGUAUGUUAAUAUUAAAUGUGAAUAUUAUGU